CCCUGACUCGGGUGCCAAUUCCCGAGCUUGCCCAGGCCCGAUUUGGCGGCAUCAUACGAGAGUCUUCGGUCGGGAUCUGUCAAAAAAUCCUCGCUAUCAUCUUAAUCGAAGCCAAUCACCCAAGACCAAUCCGUUACCAAUUGAACGCCCACGCAACACGACCACGAGCACCUCGAGCUCAAUUGACCUCGUCUCGUUCCAGAAACCUCUCCACCCUAUCCAUAUCGACUCGAAUUUAAUCAGACAAAAUGCUCCGGACAACGGGCUCGGCGAUGCUGCGUCGCAGCGUGGUGCAGGCCACUGCACGUCGCGCAUCCUCCACCCACGCCAUCUCGAAGCCCACUCUGGCCAACAUUGAGAAGAGAUGGGAGAGCAUGCCUCUGCAGGAGCAGGCUGAGCUGUGGAUGUCUCUGAGGGAACGCAUGAAGGAGAACUGGAACGAGCUGACCCUCCACGAGAAGAAGGCUGCGUACUGGGUUUCCUUUGGCCCGCACGGCCCGCGAGCCCUCGACCCCCCGGAUGAAGGCAAGAAGGUCGCCAUGGGCGUCGCCAUCGGCCUGGCCGUUAGCUUCAUGAUCUUUGCUACCAUGCGCUCGUUCGCCAAGCCUGCACCUCACACCAUGACCAAGGAGUGGCAGGAGCAGACCAACGAGUACCUCAAGUCGCAAAACACAGAGCCUCUUACUGGUCUUUCGUCCGAGGGUUACUCCGGAAAGGGACAGGUUCAGUCUCCUCCUGCAUCGAAGCACUAAGCUAGGCUGGGAUGCCUUGCUUGAGUAUUUUCUUCGAUUAAAACAAAGCCUUGCUUCUUUUUCUCGUCCCCCAUGGCCGUUUGCCCAUGUACAAAAAGCUUAGAGGCGGGAUUCCCAGGUCUGGUGGCGAUGUCGAUAUCGGGCCACACGCAGUUGGUGUAAACAUUGUAUUCGUACUGAGGCGAAAGUUAGACACUAUUUCCUUGAGUUCAUUGAAUACCAUAUUCGAUAAGGA